GAACCGGAAGGGGGAGGUGCCAGCAGCAGCUGCGGCGGGGGAAGAUGGCGACCGUGAGGAAGCGUGAGCGGCAGGGCCCGGAGCCGGAGGCCCAGCAACAGGCCCCGGCCGGGCCCGGGGAGCCGCAGUUCCCCCCCGGCUUCAGUGUCUCCGAGAUUAAAAACAAGCAGCGACGGCAGUUCAUGUUCCAGCGGUGGAAGCGGGCCCGGCGGCAGGAGCAACUGGCAGCUAAAAAGAAACGGCAGAAAGAGAGGGAGGCACUUGGAAACAAGGCACCACCAAAACCAGUCCCAAAGACCAUUGAAAACCAACGAGUGUAUGAUGAAACAACUGUGGACCCAAAAGAUGAAGAGGUGGCUUUCGAUGAAGCAACAGAUGAAUUUUCUUCCUACUUCAAUCGAGAAACAAGUCCGAAGAUCCUCAUUACCACAUCUGACAGACCUCGAGGGAGAACAGUAAGGUUAUGUGAGCAGCUGGCAAAGGUAGUUCCAAACUCUCAUGUCUACUACAGGAGGGGAUUGGCUCUGAAAAAGAUCAUACCGCAGUGUGUGACCAGAGAGUUUACAGACUUACUCGUCAUCAAUGAAGAUCGGAAAGUACCGAAUGGUUUAAUUGUUAGCCACCUUCCCGAUGGGCCAACAGCACAUUUCAAGAUGUCUAGCGUGCGUCUAGCAAAAGAAUUGAAGAGGAGAGGGAAGGAUCCGACAAAACACUCACCAGAAGUGAUCCUUAACAAUUUCUCUACCCGUCUGGGACACAGCAUUGGGAGAAUGUUUGCUUCUCUCUUUCCCUACAGUCCACAGUUUGUGGGACGCCAAGUGGCAACUUUUCAUAACCAACGUGAUUAUAUCUUCUUCAGAUUUCACAGGUACAUAUUUAAAAAUGAGAAGAAAGUGGGCCUUCAAGAACUUGGACCACGUUUCACACUGAAGCUGAGAUCUUUACAGAAAGGGACCUUUGAUUCAAAGUAUGGAGAAUACGAAUGGGUUCAUAAGCGUCGUGAAAUGGAUACGAGUCGAAGGAAGUUUCACUUGUAAAGCCAGACUUUGCGGAACUGGUUGACACCAUGACGCAGGUUCCUUGGCAGCACUGCUUUUACACAUCUUUGGAGUUUAGAUAUUCUGCAAACAACUUAAACAGUCCUCAAUUUUAUCUAUAGGUGACGUCAACUAGAAUCUUCAAAAAUAAAUUCUGGAUGAGCUGGUUGCUGCAAUCCCAUAGUAUUGUCUCUGUUGAGAAAUGUUAUAUUCUCAAAUUUGUACAUUCUUCCUUACAGCCUUAUCUACAAUAAAGGCGUCUUUGUAUAUGUACUUGUGUAAAGGCAUUAAAGUUUUAG